AAUCAGUUGGCAUAGCCACCAUUAUUUGUUGGUUUUUUGUUGCUGGUUUUUGAGUUUUUAUAUUUUAUGUUUCUAGAACAAUAAUGAAGGCGUAAAUUUCAGUAGAAGGGCGUUUUAGGUUACCUACCACAAGCAAUAGGAUUCAGGAUUAGAACCAGUUUCGAAGUACACACCCAUCGACAGCUUGACGAGGCAUGAGCCGAGCAAUCGGAAUCGCGAGCAAGUGGACACAAAAGAAUGCAGCUAAAAAUUGGGGACAUUCUCGAAAAUUCUCGUAGCACCAAUAAGUGAUCACUAUAUACAGAAAACCAAAGUAGCUGGCGGCCGGAUACGGAGAAAUGGCAUCUGGCAAAGAGCUCUAUUGCUGGGGGAGCACAUCGCAUGGCCAAUUGGGACUCGGCGGAAUCGAGGAUGAACAGAUCCUCACACCCAGUCAGAUACCCUGGACACCGGACACCGCUGUACAGCAGGUCGCCUGUGGACACCGGCACACCCUCUUUCUGACCGCCAAUGGAAAAGUAUACGCUUGCGGGAGCAACGACCACUCCCAACUGGGACACGAUCUGCCCACCAAAAGGCCACGUAUGUCGCCAUUUCUGCUUAUCCCGGAACUGCAGGAUUACGUGGUCAUCCAGAUCUCCUGCGGCAGCCGUCACUCACUGGCGCUUUCCGAGUGGGGCCAGGUUUUGAGCUGGGGCGACAACGACUGCGGCCAACUGGGACAUGCCACCGACAAGGAGAUCGUGCAGCUGCCCAAGGUUGUGCGGCAACUGGUCUCCAAGACGGUGGUGCAGAUCGCCUGUGGCAACAAUCACAGCCUGGCACUGACCAGUUGUGGCGAGCUGUAUUCGUGGGGUUCCAACAUCUACGGCCAGCUGGGCGUGAACUCCCCCAAGGAUCUGACACACUGCAACUAUCCCCUUCGGCUAACCACGCUGCUGGGAAUUCCGCUGGCCGCGAUUGCCUGCGGAGGCAAUCACUCGUUCCUCAUCUCCAAGUCCGGUGCCGUGUUCGGAUGGGGCAGAAACAACUGUGGCCAACUUGGACUGAAUGACGAAACGAACCGCGCCUAUCCCACCCAGCUGAAAACGCUGCGCACCCUGGGCGUUCGAUUUGUGGCCUGCGGCGAUGAGUUCUCCGUUUUUCUGACCAACGAGGGAGGGGUGUUCACCUGUGGAGCUGGCGCUUAUGGGCAGUUGGGCCAUGGUUUUAGCUCGAAUGAGAUGCUGCCGCGAAUGGUAAUGGAGCUAAUGGGCAGCACCAUCACUCAGGUGGCCUGUGGCAAUCGCCACACUCUCGCGCUGGUUCCAUCGCGCGGCAGGGUUUAUGCCUUCGGCUUGGGUAGCUCUGGACAGCUGGGCACGAGGAGUACCAAGAGCCUGAUGCUGCCGCAGGUGGUCAUCGGUCCUUGGGUGUCGCCCAGCGGAUCAGCCCUGUUGCAAUCCAAUGAUGCAAAGGUCUCGGUGGUCAUAAGGCAGAUUUUCUCAGGUGGGGAUCAGUCGAUUGUGACCACCACAUUGUUCAUGGAGAAGGUGCCGCCCGAGGAUUUCAGAAACUACAAUCCCAAAUCCCAGAUCCUAGCCCUAACAGCCGAAGUCACUAAGCAAUGCGCUCAGUUCAAGCAGGGCGGUCAAAGCGACAUGGAUCUCCUCAGCUCUAUUGAACUGAUAUUUAAGAGUCAGGCCUGUUGGAAUGGUUCCUUCCUGUUGGAUCACGACAGGCACUUUGGUUGCUCGGUUCGCAACCAUGGAUUGGAUCUCAACGCAGCACAAUUGGCAUUCGACAAUCUGCGCGUUGUGGAAAAUGAAAGCAUUAAGCAGGUGAUCUGGGACAAUAUAACCAAGGAGCUAGUUGGUUCGCUGGUGAGCUCACCGGCGGAUGUGGAGAGCAUGCGAUUAUAUCUUCUACUACCACUUUACCACGAGUUCGUCAACUCAAAGCACUACAAGUCACUGCAGGUUCCGUUUGCCAAUGCCAUAUUUAAGCUAACAGAGAACCCACGAAAAGUGCUGAUCAAGUGGCUGGCCCAAACUCCGGCUGAAUACUUUGAACGCCUUGUCCAGAACUGCCUGCAUGUUGUCGUCCAUAUUGUUAGUUUCAAAAUGGGCUUGGCUGCCAUUAGUCCUAGCGUGGAAAGACGUCAAAGGCUUCUGCCAUAUAACGCUGAGCUCGAGGUCAUUCUUAAACUGAUGCAAACGCUAUGCCAAAUCAACAACUCGCGUGAUGAUCGCCUAAACUAUCAAAGCUUUUACUGGCCCGAUCUUUCGGACUAUGCAGACGUGCAACAGGAGUACGUUAAAUGGAUCAUGGUCGACACUGCCAGCGAAUUCAACAUUUGCAAUUAUUCAUUCAUUUUCGACCAGUCUGCUAAGACAGCGUUGCUCCAAGCGGAUCAGGCGCUGCAGAUGCACUCUGCCAUGGCCAAUGCGGCUACCAUGGCAUUCAGCUUAUUCAACUACGGGAUGCCCAUCUCGCAGUUUAUAGUGCUUAAUGUGACGCGGGAGAAUCUGGUGCAGGAUUCCCUUCGAGAGCUGCAGCGCUACUCGCAGAGUGAUCUCAAGAAGCCGCUGAAAAUAAAGUUCCAUGGCGAAGAGGCGGAGGACGCGGGUGGCGUGCGCAAAGAGUUCUUCAUGCUGCUGCUGAAGGAUCUCCUCGAUCCCAAGUACGGUAUGUUCAAGGAGUACGAGGAGUCGCGCCUGCUCUGGUUUGCAGAUCUCACUUUCGAGACGGAGAACAUGUACUUCCUAAUUGGCGUCCUCUGCGGUCUGGCCAUCUAUAACUUUACCAUCAUCAACUUGCCAUUUCCACUGGUUCUGUACAAAAAGCUGCUGGGCAAGCCAGUGGAUCUCAGUGAUCUCCGCCAGCUUUCCCCUCCGGAGGCCAACUCCAUGCAAUCUCUGCUCGACUACCAGGGCGAGGAUUUUAAGGAUGUUUUUGAUCUGACUUUUGAGAUAUCGCGGGAGGUAUUCGGCGAGGCGGAGACGAAGUGCCUUAAGCCCAACGGCAAUGAGAUAGCCGUAACACUGGAAAACAAGCAGGAGUUUGUGGAUCUGUAUGUUGACUUUGUGUUCAACAAGUCCGUCGAGCUGCAUUACAAUGCGUUUCACAAGGGCUUUAUGAAGGUGUGCUCUGGCCGGGUGAUUCACAUAUUUCAGCCGGAGGAGCUGAUGGCCGUGGUGGUGGGCAACGAGGACUACGACUGGCAGGCGCUUCAGGACAACUGCGAGUACCGCGAGGGCUAUACUUCGGGCGAUGACACAAUCAAAUGGUUCUGGGAGGUCAUUCAUGAUCUGUCCGAAGCGGAAAAGAAGAGUUUCCUACUCUAUUUAACUGGCAGCGAUCGCAUUCCCAUUCAGGGCAUGAAGGCCCUUAAACUCACCAUUCAACCCACCCCGGACGAACGAUUCCUGCCCGUGGCCCACACCUGCUUCAAUCUGCUGGACCUGCCGCGCUACAAGACCAAGGAGCGCCUCAAGUUCAAGCUGUUGCAGGCCAUCCAGCAGACGCAGGGCUUUAGCCUGGUCUGAUUCGGGCGUCUUUCCACAUCGACUUCUUACUACAGGUAUUUUCCGAAGCUUACGUUUCGCGCAUUUUUGGAUUGAAGAAUGGCUGCUUUCAAAGACAACCCACACUUGGUACACACACAUUUAUCAGCGAUCAAAUCAGCAAGUACAAUGUUGUGUUAUAGCUUUAAACUCUAGGUUAGUUAUUAAUAUCGCAUUGUUAUGGAGAGGAAGGAAGUCAAGGAGGUAAAAUAAAGAUGGUGCAUCAGU